UUGCAAAUGGCGACUUGACACUGCAAGAGGUAAACAGGCACAAGUUUAAUUCUGAAUUUUAUAUUUAAUAAAAUACAAAAUUUAAAUGUUUUUCUACUGAAAGCAAUUAGCUGAAAAUUUCCUUAAAAUGGAUUCAUGAUAAUUCGAGUUUUUGCUUUUAAAUCGUAUAAACAAGCAUGGAAGAAAUGGCUGCCUCUCAAGAAAAUGAUUCAGAAAUGGAUUGUUCUGACAAUGAAGAUUGUUAUGACUACAAUGACUAUUACAAUGAUGAAGACAGUGAUGUUGAACACAUAGAUCUACUGAAAAUUGAUCCAGAAUAUUUUGAAUAUAAAUGUUUGUCUGAGGAGGAAAUUGAAAGGCUUCUUAAUGAAACAGUUGAAGAUCUUAGUAAUCGCCUUAGGAUUUCUCUUUCUUUAGCUAAAGUCUUAUUACAUAGUCAUUAUUGGAAUUCAAAUGAAGUAAUAGUUAAAUACGAAGAAAAUCCCCAGCAAACUCUUAUUUCAUCUAGAAUAGAUCCUCCUGUUCCACCAAGAAACAUUAUUUUUACACCAACACAUAUGACAUGUCCAGUCUGUGUUACAUUGCAUCACGUAGAUAGAUUUUUUUAUUUGUCUUGUGCUCAUAUGUUUUGUAAAGAUUGUUGGACUAUGCAUUUCGAAGUGCAAGUAAAUCAGGGAAUAUCAACAGCAAUUAGUUGCAUGGCAAGGGACUGUGUAGUUCUGGCUCCAGAAGAUUUUGUUUUGAAACAUCUUCAACAUAAAACAAGCAUUAGGGAGAAAUAUCAACAUUUUACUUUUCAAGAUUAUGUAAAAUCACAUCCUGAACUGAGAUUUUGUCCUGGUCCAAACUGUUCUGUUAUUGUACAUAGUAAUGAAAUCAAAGCUAAACGAGUUGUUUGUGAUCAAUGUAAAACUAUUUUUUGCUUUAGGUGUGGAUGUGAUUAUCAUGCACCAACAGACUGUCAGGUUAUUAAGAAAUGGUUAACCAAAUGUGCAGAUGACAGUGAAACAGCAAAUUAUAUUAGUGCCCACACUAAAGACUGUCCAAAGUGCCACAUAUGCAUAGAAAAAAAUGGAGGAUGUAAUCACAUGCAAUGCUACAAUUGCAAACAUGAUUUUUGUUGGAUGUGCCUAGGAGACUGGAAAUCGCAUGGGUCAGAGUACUAUGAAUGCUCAAGAUAUAGAGAAAAUCCAAAUAUAGCUCACGAAUCAGUCCAUGCACAGGCGAGAGAAGCAUUGAAAAAAUAUCUCCAUUAUUAUGAGAGAUGGGAAAAUCAUUCUAAAUCUUUAAAAUUAGAGGAGCAAACCCUUGGAAAACUAAGGGCUAGAAUUAAUGAGAAAGUUAUGUCUGGCUUAGGUACCUGGAUAGACUGGCAGUAUUUGUUUACUGCAGCAAAUCUGUUAGCUAAAUGUCGCUAUACUCUACAAUACACAUAUCCUUUUGCCUAUUAUAUGGAUGCCGGACCCAGAAAGGAAUUGUUUGAAUACCAGCAGGCACAGCUUGAGGCAGAAAUAGAGAAUCUAAGCUGGAAAAUUGAGAGAGCCGAAACAACAGAUAGAGGGGACUUAGAAAAUCAAAUGGAUAUAGCAGAGAAAAGAAGAACUACACUUUUAAAAGACUUUUUAGAUGUGUGAUAUAUUUUGAUUAUUAGAUUUGUUUUUCUCUUUGAAAAGUUACAGUUGCCAAUUUUUUCAGGCUCAUUUUUCAACUAUUAAAUGACUGUGAUUCUCAGAUAUAAUCGAGCAAGUGAGAAAUGUCUUACUAAAUUAGGCUUGGAGUGGAAAAUUUAUAUAUGCAUUAUUCUAAUUCCUCAGAAUUGAAAAAAGUAAGGUAUUUUUUUAUACAGGGUGUUUCAAAGAAACAUGUGCUAUCUCUUGUGGGGAGAUUUCUCAAGUAAAAAUAAGAUUUAUUUAUUAUAUCAACAUAGGUCCGAUUCUGCUUUGUCUCUAAGCUAUAGGGGGUUAAAGUUUCUAUUUUUUUUUUCAAUUUAUUAUAAUUUGCUUCCAAGUGUUUUGAGCAAUUCAAAUGAAAUUUUGAAAGUAAAAGUUCCUGUAAGUGCGACAUAUUUUAAUGCUAAAAAAGUGUCCAUAUAUUCACCAGGGACAUGCAUGUGGAUUAUCACUGGAAUAUUUUUCUAAAAAAACAUGACGCUGCUGACUUUUUUCUCUUGUUUCCAAAAAUUGUUUAAUCCAAGUCUGAUAGCAACCUUUAAAAUGUUUUAAUAUCAUUAACUGGCCAAAGUGUUAAAUAAGUACCCAUUGCUUCCUCGUCAAUAAAUAUGAAAAAAAGUUCCUAUAAAAAUUCCUCUUAAAAAAUAGGUCUUUUGUUAUCAUCAAUACCAUUAUUUUUUAUCGUAAUUUGCUGUCGGUAGCACUAAACAUCAGUGUUAUAAAUUUUAACCAAAUCUAAUAAUAAAUUAGGUUAAAAAACUAAUUUAUUAAUUUUAUUUUAAUUUUAUUGUCACUGAUAAAUUUGGGUUUAUCUAAUUAAGAUCAAAAUCAACAAAAUACCAACAACAAAGAUACAACUUUUAAUCGGCAUCAAACGGCCUACACAAUUUUGCUAAGAGAAAAAAAAAUCAGUUGCACUUUUUUUUCUUCUCUAUAUUCCAGUGAUAACUCAUAUGCAUGUCCCUGGUGAAUAUGUGGACACUUUUUUAGCAUUAAAAUAUGUCGCCCCUAAAGAAACUUUUACCCUUAAAAUUUCAUUCGAAUCGCUAAAAACUCAGAAAAUUAUAAUAAAUCGAAAAAAAAUGAAGACUUUAACCCCCUGUAACUACGAAACAAAGCAGAAUCGGACCUAUAUAUAUAUAAACAAUAAAUCUUAUUUUUACGUGAGGAAUCUCUCCUUGACAGAUGACACAUUUUUUAAACACCCUGUAUAUAAUUUUGUAACUAUUAAUUUUUUUUUAUAUGGAGGUUAAAGUGCAAAGUAAAUUAUAGAGUGGCUAAAAUUAUUUCAGAAAUAUUUAGUUAGAAUCUAAAAGACAUUUAUUUUCCUUUUCUAAGGGAUUUAUAAAGUGAAUAGGUAUCAAUUUAAAAAAUAGGUUUUAAUUUUUUUAAUGUGCAGAUAUACUAAUUUAUCUAAAUUUUCUAAGAGAAGUUUCAUUAAUAUUAUAUUCAAAAAUAUAAAGCAUCAAGAAAUAUAUAUACAAAAAGUGAUCCAAGCCUUAGUGUAUUUGUAUUGCAUUAAAAAAAUAUUUUUGCAUAUUAACGUAAGGUUUAUUGUAAAGUUGAGAAGGAGUCCACAAAAUAUUUUUCCAAGCAAUAAUGAGGAACUGUCCUGUUUGCAUCCAGAGAUUCUAAAUAGUGUUGGCACCUUCCCAUGUUUUUAUAGAUCAACUAGUACUUAUACGAAAUUUGAAACGCAUGGUUUAUUUUUCAGUUCGACUCUUAGUAAUAAUUGGAAUCAGUGGAUUCGUUUUUGAUUGCUUUUAAGACCUUCCCAUAUAAGUAAGUCAAAGUUGUAGUUUUAUAAGAGUUUUUACAUUAAUAAAACAUACUUAAGACAAGAAUAUUAAGUAAAUCGUAUUUAUAAAUUGUCGGUCCUGGUAAUUUUAUCUAUUGUUUUUUAAUCUGGUUUGAAAGAGGCUUAUUGGAAUACUUGCAUCCAAUUUAUAUAAUUGUUCCAUCUGAAUGUCUUCAUGCGCUUAUCUUAAACAUUUUUUUUACUUCAUAAUUGUAUUUUCUGUGAAUUAUUGGACCAUUUCACUGUAUUUUUAUUGAAAAAAUUUAUAUUUAUUAAGUCAGAUAGAUAUAUAGAUAUUAUUUUCUCAUGUUAGGAAACAAUUUUUGCAAUAUCUAAUGCUGUAUAUACUUAAGUCAAGUCAUAGAGUUUUUCUAACAAAAUUUUUCGCUUAUAUCAGUGUUUAUAAAAUUUUGUCCAAUUUUUACAUCUUGUGCAAAUGAAUAGAUUUUAGAGAUAGAUAUUAUAUAUUUAAUAAAGAGAGUUUUUUUUCUGUGAGUA